UCAGUCAACACAAGUCUCCUCCGACCCUCCCCAAUGGUCAAAUUCGCGCACUUGCCUACGUCGCCAUUGUUAUAAACGCAAACUCCACCUUUUUCAAUCAAUCGUACACAUCACAUAUCUCUCUCUCUAUCUUCGAAUCCCCGAAGAUGGUUCUUGUAGUAUAAAGAUCGUAUCUGAAGCUUAUUAAAGGGGGAUUUUGUGUUAAUCAAGGAAUUGGAGCUUUUACAGGUGAUUAAUUUGAGCUCGGAUUGAGUUUUCUAGGGUUUAGAUUGUUUCUUCUAGGGUUUUGCUGGUUUUUCCCCCGAAAUUUGGCGAAUUUGGUGAAUUUGGUCUUUGGGUAUUCGCUAUUUAGUUCCGAUUAUAGCGAUUGCUGUAGUGAUGUGGGUUUGAUGCGGGAGAUUGAGUUGGGAUUGUACAGUGGGUGUCGUUUCGCUUGUGGUUUGGAGAAGAAUUAGGGCAGGAUCUGGUGAUUUGUGUUCUUUGCCGGUGAUGUGCGUCAAUUUUUGAGUUUGAGAUGCUUUUGAGAAUUUAGUGAUGAACUAGGGCAAGUAAACAAACUGGAAUAGUUCUUGAUUGAGGACGUGCUUAAUGGUAUAGAAGAGGACUUUCUGCUUAUCUUUCAUGAACUAACUUAAAGGAAAAGCUACAAAAAGGCAAAAAGUGAAAAUAUCAUAGUUGUACACUGGAGUCAGAUCAUGUUAUGCUAGCUACUCCAGGAAUGUUUCUUGUAUUUACCUUCAUUUGUCCUUGCUUUGGAUCGAAAAGGACGGAUAUAAGUGAGGAUCCGGUUUUAGCCAGAGAUAUGAAUUCAAUGGAUUCUUCUGAACUGAGAUCAUCUUCUGAUAGAAUUCCUGGAACUCCACUGCGAGUGCCUCCAAGUCCUUCUAGAUUUUCAUUGUCGCAACAACCAACCGCUAUUGGGCCACUGCAUCUGAGUAUCAAUCAGAUUAUUAAAAUUACUCAUAAUUUUUCACCUGCAAAAGUAAUAGGCGACGGUGGCUUUGGAACUGUUUACAAAGCUGACCUUCCUGAUGGGAGGCCUAUUGCUAUUAAAAGGGCAAAAAAGGAACACUUUGCUGCUUUACAUGAGGAAUUUAGAAAUGAAGUUGCACUGCUCACCAAAAUCGAACAUAGGAACUUAGUCAAAUUACUUGGUUACGUUGAAAAUAAAAGUGAACGAAUUAUCAUUACCGAGUAUGUUCCAAAUGGCACUCUUAGGGAGCAUUUAGAUGGUCAGCAUGGGAGGAUUCUGGACUUCAGCCAACGGCUGGAAAUAGCCAUUGAUGUUGCUCAUGGACUGACUUAUCUCCACCUUUAUGCAGAGAAGCCUAUAAUCCACCGUGACGUGAAAUCAUCAAACAUUCUACUAACAGAUAACUUUAGAGCCAAGGUGGCGGACUUUGGGUUCGCAAGGACAGGUCCAACAGAAGCCGACCAGACUCACAUUGAGACCAACGUGAAAGGAACAGCCGGGUAUGUCGACCCAGAAUACCUGAGGACGAACCAUCUCACCAUUAAGAGUGACGUGUUCUCUUUCGGUAUAUUGCUCUUGGAAAUUCUCUCUGCUCGCCGCCCCGUAGAGCUGAAGAGAAGUCUUGCUGAGAGGAUUACUGUCAGAUGGGCUUUUAACAAGUAUAACACAGGCCAAGUGAGGGACAUAUUGGACCCUUUGUUACAGGAAGUAGUACAUGAGGAAAUCCUGAAGAAGAUUUUCGGUUUGGCUUUCCUCUGCACUGCUCCUACCCGAGGCGACAGACCUGAGAUGAAAGAAGUCGGCGAGCAGCUUUGGAAGAUAAGGAUGGACUACCUGAGAAGUCGCGGGAGACUAUGAAGUUGUUUUUUCUCAUUGAAGUUAAAAUGUUGAUAAGAUAUACCUUUCAUUUUUUUUAAGAACAAAGUUAGGGGUGUUCUUAGUCCAGGUUGUUGUUUUUCUUGUACUUUUGUGUGGAGGACAAAACCAUUGGUGCUGUAGAGGUUUGUGAGCUGUUGAUGCUAAUCCACUGCUUUUUUGAGACCCUUAAUUUGGAUGAAAACUGUAAAACAUGUUACAAAUUGGUCUAUCAGGCUAAGGUGGUGUUUGACCUUGCUUUUGGAAAGUAA